AUGGCCACCUGCACGCAGAAGGAAGAGUUUGUUAAAUCUCGAGUCGGGGGAGCCAAAAUCGAAACGGAACACGAAGAACUACUCGAACUUGCUCGGAGUCAGAUUUAUGAUAGGUUCUGGAAAAACGAUACUUUUAUCGGUAGGAAUUCGUUACAAUCUGGUUUUGCACCCUUUUUUUCAGAAAACCUUCCAGUUAAAGAUUAUCGCGUUUUGGGACCCGAUUUCGGCAAUAUUGGAGUCUGCCUACCUUGUACUUCAUUGUGAGUCUUUUUCUGAAGAUUUCAUCUCAAAUUUUCCAGAUUUUUAUUGGAACGAACUCUCACCGCGAAGUUGUGUGAUGCCAGCAAUCUUGAGAGCGAUUUCAGCGUUAGAAAACUAAUGAACGCGUUGAUAGCUUUGCAGUACGUACUUGCAGGAGGUACGUAAAAAAAAACUUUUGUUGAAAAAUUCUAACAUUUCAGAGCACGCCAAGGGGCUACAGCUUGAAGAAUGUUGGUUGGAACGGAGGAUGCAAUUUAACCGCAAUUUUCAGACGCUGAGUCGUUGGUUCGCGACGGAAAGGACCCGUCGAAAAUCCUGCAUGCCCAGGCCUACGGCCUCGCAGUUUGGGCCAGAAAUCGUGGCGGGCUCCGCUCUGGACCUGCAAGUAAUCCUCGUUUUGUCGCAUUGAUGCGUGGCUUGAAGGUUUAAAAAAAAAUCGAAACCCCUACAUCAUAUUUAUAUUUCAAUUGUAUCUUCUCAUUCGUUUUUUUAAGGUACCAGGUCACGAGGAAAAUGCUUUAGAAGAAAUCUACAAAGAAAUUCGCAGUGAUUGGAUGGACGAACCUUCGAAAAUAAUUCGCGCAGGUAAGAAAAUGAUUUUUUUUUUCCACAAUUUCAUUCGUAUCUCAGAGUUUCGAAAAGUUCUGAAAGCUUUAAAAGAAAAGAAAAAUCGAGAACUUUACAGAAAAAAAUAAAAUAAAAUAAUGAACAGAAUUUUUAUCAUAGGUAAAUAAGUAAGCACCAAAAAAAAUCGUAUUUCCUGUAACUUUUCAUCUAUUAAUGUCGAAAGCAACCGUGUUAACUUUUUUUAAAUAGAAAAUGUGGUCGAAAAAUGAUCUGGUAUGGCCAGCGGAGACGGCGCAGUGCAAACCGGACUGGUCCCCGUAGGUCUGAAACACUAGUGUAAAAAGAAUUUCAAAAAAAAAAUUUUUUCCCAUUUUGAACAAUUUCCGCUACUUUGUAAGUUAGCAUAUUUAGUUGAAUAUUUUUAGCUCGUCACCUCGAAGCAGCAGCUCAAGUUUUCACUUCUCGCCAUGUUUUCAGUAUUUGCGAAAAGUUCAAAUUCCUUGGACCGGCGCUACCUGAACGGCCGAAGGCAGUGAAAGUGAAAGCACCCGGAAGAGUUAGUUUGAAAAAAUUCAUUUUUCUAAAAAAAAUUGUUCCACAGGUUGAUCUGUACGGUGGAUGGCUGGAUACCCCGCCGAUAACGUUCCGCCUAAAGAAUUCGGCAGUUGUUAACAUGGCGAUAAAAGUGGAUGGCGAAGUCAAUUCAUUUUUUGCGGUCCUGAUUUGAUAUCAUUUUUUCAGCUUCCACUCUGUUGUGAAGCGAAAGUUUGCGAGGAAGUGUCCGGUUUAGUUGUGGAAUGCGAAGGAAGAAAAGUUAAAUUUGAAGAUUUCGAAGCAAUUCAUGAGGCUCACGAUAAACCAAAUUUAAAAGGCAAGUGAAGCUUUUCUGGAGACUUUAGGGAUUGUGAAAUUUUUAUCAUGCUCAAAAAAGGAUGAAAAUUAAGAUAGAUUUUUUUUAUCAUACAGGUUCAUUGGUUUGUGCGUGCCUGGUAGCGAUGGGAAUCUACAGAAGCCGAGAAGAGCCAAUAAUCGAUCGUUUCAAGGAAGUUUUCCACUCGGCUGGAGUUUUCGUUUCUACGCAUUCAACAUUACCACACGGAUCAGGUAGUGAACAAUUUGUUUCAAACUUCAUAUUUGUAAUUCCAGGCCUGGGAACUUCUUCGAUUUUGGCUGCGGCCAUAAUCAAGGCAUUAGGAUGUUUGGCUGGAGUCAAUGUGGCGGAAGAAGUUUUAAUCCAUAAGUUUUGUAGCUUUUUUCUCAAUUUCUUUGUUAUUCUUUGUCUUCUUUCAGGUCCUUGCCGUCGAGCAGCUUUUGACGACUGGCGGCGGCUGGCAAGAUCAGAUCGGCGGCGUUUUUCCGGGAAUAAAAGUUGGCUACUACUCGACAAACGAUAAACACGUCGACGUCGGGAAUAUCGAGGUUGAAGAGGAGUUCCUAGAAGAGCUGGGGAAAAGGCUCGUGCUCAUCUAUACAGGAAAAACUCGCCUCGCCAAGAACCUGCUGCAGGUAGAGCGCUUCAAUGCAACUUAUUUAAAAAGGACAAAAAAGCUUGAUUUUUUUUUUUGAAAUAAACAUUUUCAGGAGUUCGUGCGGAACUACUAUGAAGGAGAUCCGACGGUACACAAAGUUUUGGAAAAUUUGCAAGAAGGAGUCAAAGAAUUCGAGGUCGAGAUUGACAAAGGUUCCCGGUACUGUAUUGAGUUCCACAUUUUAAAACUCAGGUUCACUACCUGUGAAACUGGUCGAUGAAUAUUACGCGGCAAAAAAAGUUUUGACUCCCGGAUGCGAACCGACGGCCGUUGGGCAACUCAUUGAGAUGUUAAAAAAGUGAGAAGAGACAGAAAAAUUCAGUGUUCAUAAACUGCUGUCUUUAGCUCGGGAACGAUUGAAACGGCCUGGAUGGCUGGAGCUGGAGGCGGCGGUUUCUUGUACGUCUAUUUGAAGCCCGAAACUACUUUCGAUUAUCUUUCUGAGAAGAUUUCUGGAGAUUUCAGAUUCAGUAGCAUGACUUGCCACACAGCGUCUGUUCACAUGGAUGGCUUUGAAGGGUUUCCAUGA